UAUUAUUAUGAUAGAAAAUUAUUUUUAUUUUAAAAUUUAAUUUGACAAGCAGUUUGUUUCUAAAAGAACAUUUAGUACCGCCGAAAAUGACCGAAAUCGUAAGAGAAUUUAGCUCGUUGUGCUUAAACGAUCUCAGUGAUGAAUGGGUUCAAAAUGUUUAUUACUCAGAAUUUCUGGAAUAUGGGGAGCUGCCAGAGGACUACGAAAGCAUAUUGGACUCUGCGAACGUUCGAUCGAUUUUGAAAAAGGAAUUAAAAAUUAUAACCAACUGGCUGGAUUCGAGUGACGAAGAUGAAACAAAAUGUUGGACAUUUUUGUCCCAAAAAAUCAACUACAAAUCAUUACUAGCACUGCUCGGAUAUUUUAUCGACAGUGGAAACAAAAACGUUCUUAGCAAGGACAAGCGUGGCUUAUCGUUAAUGGCUUCUCGCGUCUAUUACAAGCUUCUUUCUAUCCCCGGGUAUAAAGCCUAUGACGUCUAUCACUCCCAACUGUUCGCCAACUCCCUUUCGAGUCUAACAUACCCAAAGAGGAUGAUCGACCAGGAAGACACCUACUUUAACAGCUCGGAACUCAUAAGAGACAUUAAUCGGGUGCUCGAACAACUGUGUGAGUUUGUAGCUGAUUUGAAACACAUUAUCACAAAUCUGCGGCUGAGUGCAAGUGACAUGAACUUUGAAGAUAUUCUGAGCAGCUUUGUGGAUGUAACCGGAGGAGCCUUUGUUACUAAAUUGGGUAUAGACAGAGCUAAACUUGCAAGAAUAAAUGAAGUAAUUCUUGAUCUAAUAGAUAUUUUGAUUUGUCAAUCUGGAGGAAGUCCAAAAUCGUCUGCUAUUCAACUUUUAUUCAAGUGUAUGCAUCCAAAAUUGAUAGCUGCAUCGGUUGACUCCAGGUAUAAUAAUAACACUUUGAGGGCAUCAUACAUAUCAUUCUGUGCCUUACUCCUGGACAAGUAUGGAGAAACUGCUAUGCAAGGGUACUCGGUGCUUAUACAACAUUUGUGCUACACUGCUGAUGGGCUUGAACGUGUGGAGGUCCGCACAGCUAGAGUGUCACUCAUAACCAGUCUGAUGGAGCUGCUGCCUCAGAAGCUGUUCUGUGACACUGUCAAAUGGCUGAUCAAGUUGUCCACUACCGCAAAAGUGGCUCACAGACAAGUAGCUUUGGAAUUAAUAGCUAAAUUUCUAAGUAUUGAUGCUGAUUCUGAAAAGUUCAAUGCAAGAUUUGGGGCACAGCAGCAUAGAAAUGACAAAGAAGAUGCUGAAGAAAAGGUGUCUCAGGAUAACGACAUGGAAGUAGAUAAAGAAAAAACAACAGAAACUGAUGACGACAACACUCAAUUAGCACCUGAAACAGAUAAUCCCUUAGUACGCACGCGCGUCUCGGCCAGCGCGCUGCUGCGUGCGGUGUACGAGCGCGCGAGCGACGCGUCCGGCACGCUACGGGCACGCGCGCUCGCGGUACUGACGGAUGCGCUGAACUCGCCGCAUAAUCACGUGCAACGCGCGAUUAAGGAUCUAGAAGGUGAGGGCACGGUAUCGCGUAUAGCGGCGGCAGCGGCGCGCGGCGGCUGCGACGAGCGCGCGGCCGUGCGUCGCGCCGCGGCGACGCUCGCACGCAGACUGCUCACGAGCACGCAGCGUGCACGCACCGACUACGCUAUGUUGGUGGGUCUAUGCCGUGACGCGAGCAUCAUAGUGCGCGUAGCAGCGAUCACGGCGCUCGGGGAGCUGCUGCUGGCGGCGCCCUGCGACGCCCUGGUCGACGCCUUCCUCGCCGGACCCAUGCACCAGCUGGCUGACCCUGAGGUCAAGAUCCAAGAGCAAGUGGCCGGGUUCAUCCAGCAGAUCCUGUUGGAUCGUCUCCGGAGACACCCCGACGCGGAGGACCAGCUGCCGUGGAUGUUCCUGCAGGGCGUGGUGCGGCACAACAUGCGCCGCCAGCUCCAGACCGCCUGCGCCAUGCUCGCCAAGAGUAACUGUAUCAAAGCCGAUCUGCUGGAAGUGGGCAGCUCGCACCUGAGCCACACGCCCGCUCGGGACCUGCAGAGCCUGGUGUUGCUGACCAGCGUCGCCGAGCACGUGCGCGGCGCCGACCUGCACUUCGCGCUCGCAUACUACUGCACGCUGGAGGAUGAUGACCUGGAGCGAGACGGGCGCGCGGCGGCGCUAGUCCUGGAGCUGCUGGGUACGUGGGCGGCGACCGCGCCUGCGAGCGACGCGCGCGACCUUCGACAGCGACUGUUGCGGCGACUCGCGACUGUCACUAAUGAUGGCUGCAGACCGGCCUGCGUGCACCUGGCCGCGCAGCUCGAUCCCGACAACAUCGACUGGGCCACGGAGCUGAUGCAGAUAUCGGAGCGGCGCGCGCUGGCGGGCGGCGAGGUGUCGGAGUGGGUGCGUGCGGCGGACCUGUCGCUGGUGGCGCGCGCGCCGCCCGACCCCGCGCUGCUACGCCUGUUCCUCGACGCGCUCGCCGCGCCGCCGCCAGAGUGGUGCGACACGCGGCGCGCGUUGUGCGUGGCGGGGGCGGGGCGGCUGUGCGUGCGGUCGCGCGUGGCGGCCGCCGCGAUCGCGCCGCCGCUCGCUGCGUUACUGCGGGACGACACCGCGCCGCUCGCAGCACGGCUCAACGCGCUCCUGGCGCUCACUGACUGCGCCACCAGAUACUCGUGCAUAGUAGAGGCGCAGCUGGACACGGUGUGCGCGUGCCUCGCGGUGGGCGGGGCGGUGGCGCUGCGGCGGGCGGCGGCGCGCGCCAUCACGCGUCUGCUGCUCGCCGGCUUCCUGCGCCUGCGCACGCCGCUAUACUACAGAUACUGCGCGCUGCUUUCGGACGAGGACGCCGCGGUGCGGUCGCCGGCGGAGUACUACGUCACCAGCGCGCUGCCGCCCGACGCCAUCUACCACCACUUCGUCGACUGUAUAGUCCACUACAACACUGUCGACACCGAGGCGCUGUCGUACGACGCGCGGCAGCUGAUAUACGACGUGAUGCUGCAGCGUCUGUCGGCGGUGCAGCGGCUGAACGUGCAAUGCCGGCUGGCGCGCGAGCUGCUCGCGGCCGCCGCGGAUGAGGACGCCGCCGCGCCGCCGCCCGCCGCGCUACUAGAUGCCAUCGCGCUGCUCUGUGGACCGCGGAUGAGGCUGCCCAAAAAACCAGACAAAGCCGGCGACGGAGACAUCGAUGAUCUACAGGAGCGAGUGACCACUAAUAUUGUGUCACAUAAAAUGAAGCGCACGGUAGCGGAGGAGUUAGUGCCGGCGGUGCUGCGUCUGUACGCGCGCGUGUCGCCGCAGGGCGGGCAGCUCACUACCUACCUCGUGCGUCUCGCCACAGACCUGCUCGCCGAUUACAAGCACGAGAUCGAGGAGCUAAUAGAGAACGAUGAGGAGCUAGUCGGUCGCGUGCGGCAGUUCCAACAGACGAUCGGGCUGGAGCCGUCGUUCGGAAACGCGCGCAAUCUGUGCACGAGCGCGCCGCACGAGCCGGACACGCCCCGCGUACGCAAGCGCCCCGCCCCCCGCGCCACGCCCGCAAGACGACGCCGAUUACUCGCUUAGCGUCGGUAGUGGUGGGGUUAGCUACAAAUUGGGCCCUUUUCCUGCGCGCGGAUUUUCUAUGCGACAAGAUGCGGACAAUUUGCAUGCGGACUACAUUGUGAUAUUGUGGUUGAGCUCUAUACCAGUUGAUAAUGUAUAACCUUAAAAUAAUUUAUGGCGAUAAUUUUUCGUAUAACAAAACAGACUGCCAGACAGGCGCGGUCGCAGCCUGAAAUUUUGGGUUG